GAUGCCUGUUUUAUGGUGGAUGGUUUUCUUACACUAUAGUUUUAUAAGCACUCAAAUUGCUUAUUAAGAUAGAAAUUAGAAUUAAACAAAAUAAAUCAUCAUGCAAAAAACCCUCAUGUGAUCUGAAGAAAAAAAGGGUGAAGCCAAUACAAAAGAAUAAAAGCAUAGAAAAAUAAUUGAUUGACUUUUUCUAGGCCUCGAUUUCAAGAAAUUUUGGACAUAAACUUGUGACAAUAUCUCGAGCCAUGAGUUCCCUUUGUCACAUAGCGGUUGGCUGAACUUUCAUGUUACUCUUUUGCUAAUCCUAACUUUCAAAAUUUGUUGUUUCCGUGGGCGUGUCCGAGGGGGCAGAUGAUGGCUUCCAAGGACGAAGAAGAUGAUGACGAUCAAGACAAAAAAGAGACGUGUACAAAGGCUAACAUCGACAUGUAUAUCGCGCGCGCAUGCCACCGUCCCAAGCAGCUGUUUGCUAGACCAUUCAUAGAACUUUUGGUUGAAAAGUUGGGUGCCAUUGCGAGACUGCAUCGUCGACAUGUAGCCGACCGUGCUCCAAGACAAAAUCUUAGGGAUACAUUUUAUACCCUAGCCUCAUAUUGAUAACAUUUUAGAAAACAUUUUGCACAAAAGAUUUAAAAAUUUUUAAAGCAGCCAAUCCAUUAGUACAAUAAAGAUAAGAUAGAUUUUUUUUGGCCGGAAAAGCUAAGAUAGUUUAGUUGUUGCCUAAGCAACAAAACAGAAGAGGUUGAACAAGUAAGUCAAAACUCAUGUGUGCAAUUGGGUCCACAGAUAACCGUCCAAAUAUUUAUUUUGUCAAUUCUCAACCAAAAACGUUCUUUGGGAACCCUUAAAAAGAGAAAACAUAACCAAUAAUCAAUUAAAAGUUGAGGGUUAAACGCUUUGUCCCCUUAAUUAAAGAAAUUAAAGGCUAAAAUAAAAGGUUGAAGGUUAAAUGUUUUGUACCCCAAUUAAAGAAAGGAAUUAAAGGCUAAAAGUUUAAACAGAUAUCAUAAAUUCUUGACACUUGUGAAGCAUUUUGUGCAGCAAACAGCAAGUUUUGAGGUAGAGGUGUCGAGACCUGAGCGAUUGAUUUGUCAUUUGCAGGCCCAAGGUCAACAGUGAAUCUCUUGGUCGGUCAUAAAUGGAGGGAGCUUGGAAAUUUGGUUGGAAUGUUUCUAAAAGGAAUUUCAGUUGGAAAUUGAGGUCAAUGUGUCAACUUUUUUCCUUCUUUUCUUAGUUUAUAAAAGGCCUCGUGGAUUGGGUGGACUAGCACCCUUUGUGUAGAGAGAUUAAAACCCCCCUUUUAAAAACCACGAAGUCUUAAAAUCUUAGCAGCCACCCCAUUAGCUAUCUCUCAUUCAUACUAUACCCAAAUUCCCCUCUGGGUUUUACCCUACGUGUCUCUUUUUUUCUUUCUCUUCACAGAAGUCCAGAAUCAUGUGCUGCUUUCCCUCCUCUUGCAAACAGAGUGUGGACCACGAAAAUCUUACUUCAAUCAAAGUACAGGAAACAGACAUGUUAACUCCUUUGAACCCCAAGAACCCAACAGAACACAAACAAGACCAGAAUUCAGAAAAGACUUGUCUGUCUCUUGUAAUUGGAGAAGCAAAAUGCAUAGCCAACAUAGCUUUUCCGAUGGUACUAACAGGGCUUUUGCUCUAUUCUCGCUCCAUGAUUUCGAUGUUGUUUCUUGGCCGUCUAGGUGAGCUCGCUUUGGCCGGUGGCUCGCUUGCUAUUGGAUUUGCUAACAUCACUGGAUACUCAGUUCUCUCUGGCCUAGCCAUGGGAAUGGAACCCAUCUGUGGCCAAGCUUUUGGUGCCAAAAGAUACAAACUUCUUGGCCUCACCAUGCAAAGAAUGAUACUUCUGCUUCUAUUGACUUCAAUCGUUAUAGCGUCUUUAUGGUUCAACAUGAAAAAUAUCCUUCUCUUUUGCGGUCAAGAUGAAAAUAUUGCCAAUGAAGCUCAAUCCUACAUUCUUUAUUCUCUACCCGACCUUCUAGCACAAUCCGUUUUACAUCCUUUGCGUACAUAUUUGAGGACUCAGUCUAUAACUCUGCCUCUGACAUACUGUUCUACUCUGGCUGUUCUUCUCCACAUUCCCAUUAACUACCUUCUUGUUUCUGUGCUCAACCUUGGAAUCAAAGGCGUUGCUUUAGGCUCCAUUUGGACGAAUUUCAAUCUCGUAGGUUCAUUGAUCGUUUACGUUAAAAUCUCCGGGGCGUGCAAGAAAACUUGGGGUGGAAUUUCCUCAGAAUGCUUGAAAGGUUGGAAAUAUUUAUUGAAUUUAUCCAUUCCAAGCUGCAUUUCAGUUUGCCUGGAAUGGUGGUGGUAUGAAAUCAUGAUUUUGCUAUGUGGAUUGUUGUUAAAUCCACAGGCAACCGUUGCUUCAAUGGGCAUUUUGAUUCAAACCACAUCUUUGAUAUACAUUUUCCCAUCUUCCUUAAGUUUUGGUGUGUCAACAAGAGUUGGAAAUGAACUUGGAGCUAACAAUCCAAAGAAAGCAAGACUGGCUGCAAUCGUUGGCCUCUCGUCGAGCUCCAUACUAGGACUUUCAGCAUUGGUUUUCGCUAUACUGGUAAGAAAAAAUUGGGCUACCAUGUUCACCGAUGACCCAGAAAUCAUUGCCUUAACAUCAAUGGUUUUGCCUAUACUUGGACUUUGUGAGCUAGGAAACUGCCCACAAACAACAGGCUGUGGAGUUUUAAGGGGAACCGCAAGACCAAAAUUGGGAGCAAACAUCAACCUGGGUUGCUUCUACCUGGUAGGCAUGCCAAUUGCAGUAUGGUUGAGUUUCUUUGCCGGGUUUGAUUUCAAAGGUCUUUGGCUUGGUCUUCUAGCCGCCCAAGCCUCAUGUGUGGUGACCAUGUUGUUCAUUGUGACAAGUACAGAUUGGGAAUUUCAAGCCUGGAGGGCGCAGGAACUUACCAGAGCCAUUCCUAUGGAUGAUGCUGGCCAUACCAAUCAGGAUGGAACAUUAAAAGUUGAUUCUGAUUCCCAAGAAUCUACAGGAAUAUUACAUGACAUAAAGCAAAACAACUUACCUGUUUGAUUUGGAACAGAAGGGGUUGAUUUUUCUAACCAAUUUUUUUCAUGUAAAUUUGAUCAAAACAUUAGCACUGUACCUUUAAUAACGUCCAAUUCAUGUAAAGUAUUAAGCGGGGACGGAAUUGAAAUUUAAGGAUAAAUAAGUUGGCACAGACUUUGUUUUCUGCAUUGUUCUCUUGUUUCAGAAUAGAAAAGAAAAACAGAGCGUAGAUUUUGUUGGCAAAAAGGUACAAGUUUUUAAGCGGGCAAUGUUUGUUCUGUCAUUUUGUAUGGAAGCGCCUUGAGCUGUGCGUAACAAUUUCCUCAAACGGGUAUCAGAGGAUCAACAUCGUAAUUGGAGCGUAGGAGUCCAUGGUGGAAAAUGGCACGUGGGGAUUUCGUUUUAAACACUCAUGUCGGCUGCUUGGAAUCCAACGUGCCAGUGCCCGUGCCCAACCGGUCACCAUUUUCACUGCCGACUCCGUGAAUCACUCUUUCUGCCUUAAACGUGGAUUAUUUGAACAAAGUCACUCCAUCUCAUAAAUCGAUUACAGUAACUUUAGAUAAUAAAAAGUUGAGUUUAAAAAAACAUUUUUUUAUCAGAAAAUUUAAAAGUAAGAGAAGUUACCUCAUUUUUAAAA